AUGUCAAUAAUCCUCGAUUCUCCGGCAGCCCAGCAUGACUUUUGUCGAGGUUCACACUGGUAUCAUGAGAGUCCAUUUCUCCCAAUUGGAGAGACCAGAGGAAAUGAACCCGGAGCGUCUUCGUUGAAAGAUAUGGCUACCAGAUGCCUUGUUAUGGACCAGUCAGCAUUAAAGCUCGAGCUUUUCGAAAAUGUGCCAUGGAAAAUUGCUAAGGAGCUCUGGGAGUUCUUGGGAAACAGGGGCAAGCAAACGCUCUUGAUGUGGAAGAUCCUCAUAAUGAGGUAUCCUGAACAAUUUCCGCAACUCAGCCCAACCUACUGCAUGAGAACUAAGGUUCCAAAAACACCUCUGAAGGGCUACAUCGAUAAUGUAAGGAGCGACGCUUGUCACUGGCGCGCUGCCUUGUCUCUGUCCAGCGCCUACGCCAGUGUCUCGGAUCUCGUCGAGAUUGGCAAUCUCAAGAACUUGGUCGCCCUUGAGAUCCACAGCCGAGUAUGUGACCCGAGCCUGCCAACCAACAUUGAGACCAGAGAUGGAGCACAACUAGAUGAUGGCGUCGUGCGCAGUUGGCUCGAUGCUGCACAGUCUACGGGAUCCUUACAGAACCUACAAGUUCUGAGAAUCUAUCAGCAAAAUAGUCUUACCCACCACAUUCUUUGGAUGCUUGAGAAAUUACCAGGCCUAAAGCUUAUUGUCAUAUACCAGUGUGGAAAGCUUACACAGGAGUUCAGUCACCUCAAAGCCAGGACUAAAUACGGAGUCCAGAUAGCAGGAUGGAAUGCUCAAAGACUGGAUUGGGUUCCAGACGGAGGAAAGACGGACGCAUUCAAGUAUUUGCGCCCACUUUUGAAAGUUUAUGAGGAUGGCUUGAGCUUCAGGGAUACAGAAUCAAAGCCAAACUCUCCCAUGUUACAUUCCAACAUGCCCAUUAUGGAAUUUGGCCUACCUGCUUAUGAUUGUGAUGACUCUGAAAAGGAAAAGAGGAGAGCGGCGUACGCAGCAAAGUCUAUCUUUAUACUCACUCGAGCAACUGGGCUCAAUGGCAGAAAACGAGCACCACAAGAGAUCCAGCAGCCUCGAAACACUGGCAAGCGAAUAAUGAAGGAACGCGGAGGAAGAGAUAUGGCAGAUGUGCUGGGCGACUUUUUCGGGAUAUGA